GUGCCGUAUGUGCGGAACUCACAGUGCCGUUUCCGAUUCUGUUCAUUCUCCUGUCGCAGCCGGCACCAUGUCAAGCAUGACAGCGGAAGAGGUGCUACUUGUGGCCGGCAAAGCAAUGGGAAGAUCGCCAGCGGACCUGGUGCCUAUUGUGACGCGUGUGGUGAAGGAGAACUGGCAUGAAACUGCCGCAAGUCUGGCAGCGCUCACGGAGGCUCAGUGGAAAGAGAUGGGAGUUCCAGGAGCCUUAGUGCAAGAAGUGAAGAAGGUGCUGACCGGCGGAGACCGCCCUACACAUCAGGCGCGUGCGAACUUCAUGAUCAAGAUUGGCGACGUGCUCGAAGGUCGUCUCCUGUCCAUGGAGAAGGCGAAGCCCUUCGAUUUGCCAAUGGCCAUCCACAUUCAGCACCUGGAGCGCACCUUGGCCUCGAGCUCUCGUGUCCUGGCGAAGGUGUGCGUGAUCGACAGCAAAGCUGGAACAUGGACCAUCUGGCAAGCCAGCGGCGUGUGUUGUGUCGAUGGAGACCGCGAAGUGCUGGAUCUCAACUCGAUCGAGAAAGUUGAGUGCUCGACGAGCGUUGCGCCAUUUCAAUUCAGUGGCAAGUUCGAUUUGCGCUGCAAGAAAGCAACUCUGACCGGGCAGAAUGUGUCCUACAUGCAUCACACUCAAGGCAAAUGGUUCUCCAAGCCAGCUCCGGAGCACUCCUUGUACUUGACCCUGAAGUCCUCCGAGUGUCAGCGAGAUGCUGCCGCAGCCUCGCCUGCGGAGGCCAACAUGAUCGUGAAGCUUAUGGAGGUGGAGAAGGACAUGGUGUCGGCUUCUUCGCUGGCAGAGGAGCUGGAUGUAGGCCUGCAGCCCUUCCAAUCCCUUGAUAUUGUGCGUUCUUGGCUUCAGCGCUUGCAGCUCUCGAACAAGUCGGAGCUACCACAGGCCAUGCUGACGGGUCCAACGGGCAGCGGCAAGAGCUAUCUGCUCAACGCAGUGCUGGGACACAUUGGACUCGUACCGUCGGAUUGCUCCACAGGCCGAGCAGUGUCAGCAGCCAAUGUUCGCUGCAGCUACAGACCCUGGGUUCCGUCCUUGCAAGACGGGCCCGGCGAGUGGUUGCUGAGCAGCCAUAGUGCUGAUGAGUCUUGCUCCUUGAAUGUCCUUGGCCAUAAGAGAUUUGGCGUGGAGAUCGAUCUUGUGACUCUGGACGAAUGGAAACAGGAAUGCGCAGAGUAUGUCAGCCAACUGGCACACUAUUGGCUUGAGGAGCGUUUUGAGCAGUGCCUCUUGAAGAAGCGACCGCAAGAUGCAGAAUCGGGCGCGCAGCUGGCGUGGGACAAGCUGGUGGCCGUAUAUUCCCAUGACUCCCUUACGAGCGGGAGGAAAAGAAACUGGUCAUCGGCGGACGAGUUAACCAACCAUUUGAACAAGCUAGACAAGGCAAGCGUGGUGGUGAAGAAGCUGGGGAAGUCUGUGACUCGGGAAGAGAACGAUGCCACGAAGUUCAGCGACUUCAUCAAGCAGUACGUACGAUCGGACACACCAGCUGAGGGGCGGGAGAUGCGCUAUUGGCCAGUGGUCAAGGAUGUCCAUCUCAUGGGCCCUUUCGAGCGCCUCCGGGGCUUCAAGCACCUCAUGGAUUGCGUUGGCUGCGGGGACAGCAACCGGGCGCGCGAUGUCUUGGCGAAGAAGCGCGAGAAAGAGUCGGACGUGGUCUUUGUGGUCAGCGACAUAGCGCGCUGCGUGAGCAAUGCAGUCACUGUGGACCUCUUGAAGAACCAGCUCCGAUCAACCUUGCUGCGAGUAUCCCAGUCAGAUCUUGCCUUCGUAUGUACAAAGGCGGAAGUGAUCAACGAGCGGGAGGCCAAGGACACUCUGAGCCUAGGAGUUGAUGCGACCAUGAAGGAGUGCAUCGUUUCAAGGAAUGAGCAGGUGCGGAAGAAUUUGAAGAAGGAGAUGCGGCAGAUGUUGCGUGACAUGCAGCGUGGAGACGCGGACGACGACUUCUCCUGGCUCUCCUGUAGGGUCUUUUGCGUCGCGACCAAGGCCUACAUGACACUGAAAGGGGUUGAAACGAGCCACUCCGCGGUGGAUGACCUCACGUUGAGCGACACUGAGGUUCCCCACCUCGUGCAAGAGAUUCAAGCGCAGGCGUUGCGCUACUCGAACAAGAACUCCAAGCGCGUGAUGACCAACCUGUUGGAGGUGGCUGCAGCGAUUCGCAGCCACCUUGGGCACGGAGAAAGCCUGGAGGAGCACAAGGAGCUCUGCAAGGCAGCCUUUGAGGAGCAGAUCUCUGCCUUCAAAGCUGAGUUGGGUAGGCGCCUGGACCAGUUCGCGCGGAAGGUGGCGCAGAUCUUUGACGAGGGCUUGUUGUCAAGCAUCAAAGAGGGUUCCCGCGUGGCAAUGCGCGGGUCAGUGAACACCGCUUCAGCCUGGCACGGCUUUCACCCCAGCGCCUACAACGCCGCUGCGCGCAAGGGCGGCAUCAACCCCAAUUCCCGGCGGGGCCCCAUUCAUUGGCCAAAAGAGCUUAGCAGACCUUGCUACGACAGCUUCCAGCCAAAGUGGAUGGAACUCUUCGGCAACCAGUUGCCGAAACUGUAUGACGAAUGGCAACAAAUUGUGGAAGAGGAGGCGUCUGCAUUUCACGAUCGCAUGGCAAAGCAGCUGCCGCAGAUAGGAAGCCUCCAAGAAAUAAGAGAUGGCAGCGACAUUGCUGCUUACUUGCAGAGGGUCCGCGACGACAAGGAUGAUGAGGAAGCCUUCUUAAAGCGGGAUUUGUGUGAUGAAGUCACGCAGAAUGUCAUUGGGAGCAUGAAGGGGCCCUUUGAAGAGUGCAAGCAGAUCAAGGGCAAAGGCAGCUUUGCCCUCAUGAAGGAUCACAUCGACCGUUCAGUCAAACGGAUUCAAUGGGAGGCCAUCACAGAGGGCCUGGUGCAGGGAUGCAAGGAGUUCUAUCUCAGCUUCGGCGAGAUGAGGGAGGAUGCCUUGGAACAGGUGCCGAAGCGACUUCACGAAGGCUACCGUCCGCUUUGGCAGUCCCUGGACCAGCAGGCGCUGGCCCAGUGGAACCGUCUCAAAGAGGCGAUGCUGCCGGCGGUCGAUCGGAUCAAAGCGGACGUGAAGGCGUUGAAGGAGCGAGUGGAGCAACGGGAGGCAUGCUGCUCUUCCUCUGUGAAAGAUGGAGAAGAUUCAUUGCAAGCCAUCGAAGACAUGGAAGACAUCGAAGACAUCGAAGACAUCGAAGACAUCGAAGACAUCGACAUGGAGGAGGAACACGAGAGUGGUUCCAACGAAGGUGCAGAGUCGGAUCAAGGAGCUGAAUCAUGGCACUCCGAUAUCGGGAGCGAACCCGAGGAAGACAUGCCGACAGCUUCCCCAAAAGUCGCAGAAGUUGCAGAAGUUGCAGAAGUUGCAGACCUGAAGUCAGAGGAUCCGGUCUCGCCGGAGGAGGCUCCGAGCGACACUGAGACGAAGGGGCUGAAGCGGAAGCGCGAGGACACUGAAAGCCUCCGUGUCGCUGAGAAGGAUACGCCGACCCCUUGUUAUGCCGUCUCUUUGACGCAGUAGAUCAGUCGGUUUUUCUGUACAGACAUUGGGAGGGGCCUGUGGACACCUGGGGUAGAGGCCAACCGCUAGUGCCUCUGUUGGGGAUGCGGCCAUGUUUGCAACCGCUGCCUGAAGUGGCGACCGCUGUGGGGAGGGAGCCCAUGUCAGGCAAAACUGGUGCUGCUGGAAGCUUUGCCAGCCG